UUUUUAUUUAUUACAGUGCCCGUGGAUUCUUCAGAAGCUUUAAACCCAGUUCUUAAAAAAAUGAAGUGAAAGGUGUUUCGGUUUUAAUUCGUUAAAAUCUCUUUCUUUUGUGAAUGCGAGUACUUUCUAAAUUAGGUCACAGGGGAUAUCUUUCACUCUUGAAAGUGCAGGUCAGUGGCACAGCGGAACAAUUCCAUGUUCCACGUUUAAUUAGACUGUGACAUUCACAGCUCACUGAGCUUUGCAAUACCUGAUUGCAUUAAAGGAUCACUGAAGCCAGUUGGUUGCAUGUGGUCAUUGCACGACAGUUCCGUUGCUUUUGUCACAUUCGUGCUUGCAGGCUGGACUGCCAGUGCUGUAGCGGGAAAACGGUUGGAAACCAUGCCGCUUGUUCACUUUCCUUCGCCGUUCUUGUGCGUUUUUCUCCAAGUGAUCUAUUUAACUUGUGCCGGCUCGGCCCCAGCCGCUGAGUAUUCUUCAAAAAGCGAGUCCGAGUACGAUUUCGGGGAUUACCGAGGGAAGUGGUGCCUCGAUGACCACGGAUUCGUGUAUAAUAUUGGAGAGACCUAUUACCCUGCCCCGACCGCUUGCCCCUGCACUUGCACGGAAGAGGGCCCCCUGUGCGUAAAGCCGCGGUGUCCGCGGGUUCACCCGCGCUGCUCUCGGAUCAGCUUCAGGUCCUGCUGUCCAUAUUGCGUGGCGGUAAGCAACGUCUGCGAGUAUGCAGGGAAGACGUAUAAACUGCUGGAGGAGUUCACGUUAACUCCUUGUGAACGAUGCCGCUGUGAAGUCAGCAGAGAUGUGUACUGCAUGAUUGCUGAGUGCCCAUCCCUCCAAUGUGUGGACCCAACAUACGAGCCUCACCAGUGCUGCCCUGUCUGCAAAAAUGGGCCGAACUGUUUCGCGGUAAACACUAUCAUCCCGGCGGGGGUGAGAGUGGAGGUGGACGACAAGACGGUGUGUUUUUGCUCACACAAGGACGGUACCUGGGAGACUCAGGACCAGGCCACAUGCGUAAAACGCGGCCGCGCAAACGGACGCCAGACAGAGCAGAUGCAGACCCAAUUGCUCCUUGAGUCGGAAGAGAUACCAUAGACAACCUAGAGGAAUACCCUGCAGUGUCAAGUAACGUCAUACCUCCAGUGCACAGUUCCCCGCGGCGCUCUGCUGCGGUAAGGUUGGAAAUAUCAGAGUUAGUUUGAUGUAUCUGUGCGGUUGUUAAAUUCACUAAUCAUUCGGGGAAUUCUGUCUCUUUGAAGAGAGAAGUUCAAAUACAGAAUUUAAACCUGAGGAUUUUUCUAAUUUGGGGUUCAAUUUUUCAUUUAUUCAAAAUAUAACCGUAUUCACAAAUAAUUGUUUUACUGCCGAUAUUACAUUGUAUA